GUCAAGAGCAAAGGGGAAAAACAUGGCUUUGCAAUGUUAUUGAGAAAUUUGAGGCAGUUUCAUGAUCCGCAUUUAAUUCGUUAUCUAUUAUAAAAAAAAAGUUUAUAUUUUUUGUGAAUUCGAAGUCUUUUUUUAAAUAAACGUUUUAUAAAAGUGAUAGUUAAAGUGAAAACGAAAGGUGGAAAACGAACAAAAAAAAGAGAAAGAGAGGGAAAGACAGAGAAAGAGAAAAAUGUGUUCGAUCAAGACGAGUCAUUGUAAAUGUCAUGCAUUUUGCAACUGGGAAUGAUUUACGAAUUACUGAAAAGAAGAGUUUUCGUAGAAUUUAUCUUGAUAGGAAUUAAAAUUGAUUGGCAAUUGCAUUUUGAAGAAUACAGAUCACUCUUUCUACGAAUUUUUGGUUUACAGAUUUGAUAAUUAUAUUAUAGAAUUUGUAUACUUAACUCUUUGGUGUUGUAAGUCUGUAGUAUUCUGUUGAUCUUAUAAAAGAAUGUCACUAAAGCCUAAACGUGUUGAUUUUACUCAAACAUGGGAAGCAUUACAAGAAACUGUAAAGUGUGUAAUAACAUUAUCAUAUGUUCCACGUGCAACAUGGUAUGAUAGGUUCAGUGAUGUGUAUUCAUUAUGUGUGGCAUAUCCAGAACCACUUGCCGAUCAAUUAUAUUGUGAGACAAAAAGAUUUCUAGACAAUCAUGUCUUCCAAUUAUUAACAAAGGUUCGUGCCCAAGGUGAAUCUAGCUUAUUGCAGGCAUAUCAUCAAGCCUGGACAGAAUAUUCACAAGGCAUUAAUUAUUUGCAUCGCUUGUACUUAUAUUUGAAUCAACAACAUAUUAAAAAACAAAAGCUUUCGGAGGCAGAACUGAUUUAUGGCAUGUCUUCCGCUACGGUCGUUGAUUGCCAAGAACAAAUGGAAAUAGGAGAAUUAGGUUUAGAUAUUUGGAAAACAAGAAUGAUCACACCAUUAAGAAAGCAACUUGUGUCUCUACUCUUAGAAAAUAUUCAUGCAGAUAGAGUUGGUACAUCGCCUACAGCAAGUACAGAAGUUAUUUGUGGUGUGAUACAGAGUUUUGUUCGAGUUGAAGAAUAUAAGAUGAAAGGACAAGUAGAUAUGUAUCAAGAAAUUUUUGAAACACCUUUUCUUGAGGCUAGUGGAGAAUUUUAUAUGAGAGAAGCAGCCGAAUUACUUCAAAAAUCGGAUGUAACGCAUUAUAUGGAACGAGUAACGUGGCGACUCAUUCAAGAGGAACUUCGUGCUCAUAAGUUUCUUCACACAAGUUCUGUGCCUAAAGUGAGACAAUGUUGUGAAGAAAAAAUGAUUGCUACGCACGUAGCGUGGCUUCAUUCAGAAGGAAAAAAUAUGAUAGAUAAUGAACGGAAAAGGGACUUAAUUCUUCUUUAUCCAUUGUUAAGGCCGUUACCUUCAGGUUUGGCAGUACUUGUACAAAAAUUUACUCAACACAUCACUCAACAAGGAUUACAAGCAAUUGGUUCUUUACAAGGAGAAAAUAUACACACACAGUUUGUGGAAACUAUGCUGGAUGUACAUCGUAAAUAUUCGGAAUUGAUUAAAGAUGUGUUCAGAGGUGAUCAAGCUUUUGUAACUGCUCUUGAUAAAGCUUGUUCAAUUGUUGUGAAUCAUAGGCCUGUUCCACGGCAACCAGCUAGAGCACCUGAACUACUUGCUAAGUACUGCGAUUCUCUGCUAAAAAAAUCUGCCAAGGCUGCAUCAGAGGGAGAAGUAGAAGAAAAACUAGCACAGUGUAUUACUGUGUUUAAAUAUGUUGAUGAUAAGGAUGUUUUUCAGAAAUUUUAUGCACGAAUGUUGGCAAAGAGAUUAAUACAUCAACAAUCGCAAUCAAUGGAUGCCGAAGAAUCAAUGAUUGAUCGUUUAAAACAAGCUUGUGGUUAUGAGUUCACGAAUAAAUUACAUCGGAUGUUCACCGAUAUGUCGGUUUCAGCCGACUUAAAUGCCAAGUUUACAACAAGCUUACGAGAAGGGGACAGAGAAAAUCAAUUAGGCAUCGGUUUUGUAGUAUAUGUGUUACAAGCAGGUGCUUGGCCAUUAGGUUUACCACCAUCUUCAGGACCAUUCGAUAUUCCUCAACAAUUAGAAAAGUCUAUACAGGCAUUCGAAACUUUUUAUCACGCGCAAUUUAACGGACGGAAACUUACUUGGUUACAUCACCUUUGUCAAGGCGAACUCAAGUUCAAUUAUUUAAAAAAACCUUAUUUGGUAACUGUACAAACAUACCAAAUGGCAUUGUUACUUCUUUUCGAACAUUGUGAUUCGAUACAAUGCAGAGAAGCUGCCGCAUCAUUACGCUUAUCACAUGAUCAAUUAGUUAAACACGCAACCAGUUUGGUUGAUUGUAAAAUUUUAAAAAAAUCAACAGAUGGAGAAUUGGAGGAAGAUACAAUUUUGUCGCUCAAUUUCGAUUAUUAUAAUAAAAGAACGAAAUUUCGUAUAACUGGUACAUUACAACGGGAUGUGCCGCACGAAUGUCAUGAUGUUGAAACUACUCAUCGCAGUGUUGACGAUGACCGAAAAUUGUACCUGCAAGCAGCUAUAGUUCGUAUUAUGAAGAGUCGUAAGGUUUUGAGACAUAAUCAACUUGUACAAGAGGUACUAAGUCAAUCUAAGGUUACAUUUGCACCAUCAAUCAGCAUGAUCAAAAAAUGCAUCGAAGCUCUUAUAGAUAAACAAUAUAUUGAACGUACGCCAAAUAAUGCAGAUGAGUAUUCGUACGUCGCAUGAUUUUAUCGUACCACCUGACACAAUCAUUAAUUUAUUUUAUUCAGGGUGCUUUAUGAUCAUUCAUGAUAUCAUACUUUUGGUAAUAUUUUAAUAAGAUGAUUAAAUACUCAAAAUUUUAUUAUUGAUUAAAUACAUUUCUUUAAUUGGAAAAAAUGAUACUUUUAUCGAUAAUAAUAUUUAAAUCAAAUCUCUCGUUUGAAAGAUCAAAGAAAGCAUCCUGAAUUGCUUUCUUGCUCCUAAAUUGACCGAUUAAUAACUUAGUUGAUUCAAUGACUUGUAAUAUAUGUGCACGGAAUAAAGAUGAUGUUACUAUUUUA